GUUUGUGUAUAAAAGGGUGGUCGAAGCUCUAUACGCUGAGUCCGGACUGGUUCUGCUUGAUCUCUUUCCGCUUCGCGGCGAUGUGAAGGAAACUUUGUCCUUCUUGCCGGUCAUCCUUCACCGCAAAGAGAAACUCCGUGGAAUUCUCACAAGUUUCAGCAAUAAAUAUAACAUGGGGUCGUUCAGAGACUCUUACUCAUUGGUUCCUGUUUCAGAAUUGCCAGCCCCCUUCCGAGCCAUAUUUAGUUUCAGGUACUUCAAUUCUUUACAAAGUGAAUGCUUUUUUGGCUGCUUCUUUUCGGAUAUGAACAUGGUAAUCUCAGCACCAACUGGAAGUGGAAAAACAGUGCUGUUCCAGCUCUGUAUUCUCCGACUUAUGUCAAAAUUUCUUUCAGAAGGAAGAUUUUCUCCUAUAAAAGGAACACUUAAGACAAUUUAUAUAGCCCCAUCAAAGGCACUGGUUCAAGAAAAACUCCGUGAUUGGAACAUGAAGUUCGGGCCACUGGCUAUUAAUUGCUUGGAGAUGACCAGUGAUAGUGAAUAUUAUAAAUCAAAAAGCAUCCAAGAUGCAGAUAUUAUUCUAACUACUCCUGAGAAGUUUGAUGCUGUUACCCGUCAUGGCAUAAGGAAUGGCGACUUGAGUUUUUUUGGUGAUAUUUCACUUGUACUGAUUGAUGAAGUUCACUUGCUUAAUGAUCCCCGUGGAGCUUCAUUAGAGGCAAUUGUUAGCAGAAUAAAGAUGCUUUCCCACACUUCUCAGAUGGGCUCUAGUCCUCUAGCAAAUGUUCGUUUCCUUGCAGUUUCUGCUACAAUUCCAAAUAUUCAAGAUAUUGCUGAAUGGCUCCUGGUUCCAUCAGAAGGAAUUAAAAGUUUUGGAGAAGAAAUGAGACCAGUGAAAUUAGUGACCAAAGUUUUUGGCUAUGCUCCAGCCAAAAAUGAUUUUUUGUUUGAGAGGCGCCUCCAGAACUUCAUUUUUGAUCUUCUAAUGCAGUAUUCCAAAGGAAAAUCUGCACUAGUGUUUUGUUCUACUAGAAAAGGAGCAGUAGAGUCAGCACAAUGCCUCUCACAGAUAGCAAUGAGACUUGGCCAUUCAAGUCCAUUCGUGAAAUCCAUUCAACAGCAGGAGAAACUGAAGGAAGCUUCUCUAUCUUUUACUGACAAGCAAAUGCAGUCCUGUAUCAUUCAUGGUGGUAAAAUUGGUUAUCAUAAUGGUGGGCUUAGCAUGAAGGACCGUAGCCUUGUUGAGGGCCUAUUCCUAAAAGGCGAUAUUCAGAUUCUCUGCACCACAAACACUCUUGCACAUGGGAUCAAUCUACCUGCGCACACUGUGGUAGUCAAAUCUACACAGUAUUUCAACAAAGAGAAAGGCCUCUACACCGAAUAUGACCGGUCUAUGAUUUUGCAAAUGUGUGGGAGGGCUGGACGCCCACCAUUUGAUGAUACUGGAACAGUUAUAAUAAUGACAAGAAGGGACACGGUACAUCUAUAUGAAAGCCUCCUGAAUGGGUGUGAACUGGUUGAAUCUCAGUUGCUUUCUUGUGCAACGGAACAUCUGAUGGCUGAGAUUGUUCAGCUGAUUGUUUCUGAUAUAAGCUUGGCAAUUGAAUGGCUGAAAUGUUCAUACCUGCAUGUAAGGAUAAAGAAGAAUCCAGAAAACUAUGGGUUAAAGAGAGGAAUUCCUUCUGAAUGCCUGGAAAAGCACAUGCUAGAAAUAUGCAUGGAAAAGAUUAAGGAACUGUCAGAACAUGGAAUGGUUUGGACUGAUGAAGAUGGUUUCUUGUUAAAGCCUUUAGAACCAGGAAGACUGAUGACAAAAUUUUACUUGAAAUUCAAUACUAUGAAGCUUAUUGUGAAUGCUCCUGGAAGUUCCAGUGUAGAAGACGUGCUUCAUAUAAUCUCUCGUUCUGAAGAGUUAUCUUGGAUCCAACUGAGGCGCAAUGAGAAGAAACUCUUGAAUGACAUAAACUCUGACAAAGAAGGUCGACUUCGAUUUCAUGUACUAACUGAAAAUGGAAAGAGAAAAAAGCGUAUCCAGACAAGAGAGGAGAAGAUAUUUGUACUCGCAAAUGACUGCUUGACUGGUGAUCCUUUGGUUCAUGAUUUGUCUUUUAACCAGGAUGUGACCUCUAUAUGCACGAGAGGAUCUAGGAUUGCUAAAUGCAUGAAAGAAUGUUACAUCUAUAGAAAAAGUUACAAGGGAGCCAUAAGUUCCAUACUUCUAGCAAAAUGUUUGCACCACAAGCUCUGGGAGAAUAGCCCUUACUUGUUGAAACAACUUCCUGGCAUUGGGAUGGUGACUGCAAAGGCACUGCAAUCAGCAGGAGUUAAUUCAUUUGAAAGCUUGGCUGCAGCUGAUCCUAGGAAAAUAGAAAUACUUACAGGUCGCAAAUAUCCAUUUGGAAACCACAUUAAAGAAUCUCUACUAUUACUUCCUCCAAAAGUUGAGAUAAAGAUAGAGGAGUCUGAAUGCAUGAAGGCAGGGAGGUUGAAGUUGAUAAUUACACUCUACCGCACAUGUCAAUCAGCUACAUCUAACAGACAUCAUUAUGCAGAUAUAUUAAUAGGCUCAGAAGAAGACAAUAUGAUACUUUUUCACGAAAAGUUAAGAGCUGAAGAGUUCCCCAGCCCUCAUGUUAUCACAAUUAUUUUCUCAUGCCCCAAGUAUGCAAGUGCGACUAUUAAAGCUGAUCUUAUUUUUGAAGACUAUGUUGGUCUCGAUGUUCACAAGAAGCUGAUAGUUACCAAUGGAGUUGAUAAUACUAAGUCUAAAGAUAGUGAAGAUGCUACAUCUUCUUCCUCACUCCCAAAGGAAAUUUAUGUUGUAAAUCCUGAUCCAGAAAGAAGAUCAAGAAUCAUCUGUAAAGAAACUGACAAUGCAAAUAAGAUUCAAUCAUCUAUGCCCAGCUUUGAUCUUUUGGAGGAUGAAACUGUUACAGAUAUCUCAACUCCUGAACCUCAACAAACUGAGUGCAAAACAAACUCAGAAAAAAUGAUAUUUGAUCACAUCCGCAAGAAAUCGAAAACCUUUCCAACUAGCUUGACAUCGACUAUGAUGGACUAUUCUCAUCAACCUUUGCUUCUGAGAAUAGCAGAAACACCCAAGAACCUAGCUUAUCAGAGGGAUGGAGAUUAUUUAGGCAACAUAAUCGUCAUAGAUUCUGAACCUACAGACGCCUUCCUGAAAGUAAGCUCUUCAACAGAGCCAACAGAGCCAAUGAAGGCAAGUAUAGCUUGCUAUCCCUCACUUCUGAAAAGAGGAAACUCAUCUGAAAUGGGAGGUUUUGAGAUUGAAACCCAUUCAGAUGUAAUCCUCAUAGAUUCUGAGCCUAUUGAAGACUUCAAGAAAAUGAGCAGCCCAAGCAGUUUCCUAACAGAGAGGGAAAAAAUUCCAAUCAAGAGCACUCGUAUUUCCAGCAGUGUACUAAAGUCAGAGGUAUAUGAGGAAUUUCCUACGAAUUAUCUUCAAUCUGGCCGCAAGAAGCCUUCCUGGAGUGAUUCCCUGAAACAAGUCCAGAGUAUUGGCUGCAAAAUAUCACUCUUCGAUGAAUUGAACUCAGCUUCAGAUAGGACAGAAUUUUCACAACAUUCCUUAUCUAGUGUGCUCGGUAACCAGAGCGAUGAAUCUUUCCUUGGAUUUAAGAGUGUCUUUUCCUUUCUUUAAUUUGGUAAAGAUCUAUAAUAGAAACAGCUCGUUGCCAAUCUUGUUCCCUGUAAUUUGUAGAUUUCCACGCCGACUUACACUAGUUCUUAGUCCAGAUUUGCAUGGUCGGAAAGGCAUCACUAUGUCGUCUUCACAUUUGACGUUGUGAACUCAUGCUUCUUGUAUUUCUGAUGAAUUACAUUCAAGUUCAAUGGAUUUCUGUUUUUUUUUU